GGCUACAGUAUACAGGUAAUUCAUCGAUCGGCGGCGCCAUUUAUUGACUACUAACUUCAUUCUUUUCUUUGUGCAUGCCUUCCUAAAUUCAGGUGAUUGCAUGAUCCAGACUGAUCACAAUGGCUAAUUGCAAAACCCCAGUGAGUAUCCUGCAAGAACUCUGCGCCAAGAAGGGAGUGACACCGGUUUACGACACCAUCGGCCAGGAGGGGGCGUCCCAUCAGCCAAAAUUCACCAUUCGCUGCACUGCGGGGGAUGUCGUUGGUAACGGGCAGGGGUCGAGCAAGAAGGUUGCCAAGCAGUCGGCAGCAGAGGACGUUCUUCAGCAGCUUGAUGUUGAAGUCCCUGCUGUGGAAGAUGAAGGAAGGUCUCUGAAAGACAACCCUGUGGGCGAGCUGCAGGAGUUGGUGACACUUCUAGGAUGGAGGAAGCCAGAAUACGAGGCCUUGGAGGAGAGCGGACCACCACACAACAGACGCUUUGUCAUUGCCGUUUCCGUCGACAAGUACAAGGAGCAAGGUGUUGACCAGAGUAAGCGCCUUGCAAAACGAGCGGCUGCUACCACCAUGCUUGAAGUUCUUCACAAGCUGCCCGCCGACAUCAACCCUGGCCUCAUCAACAGAAAGCCUAAGCAAAAGCACCCGAAGAUGCCUGGGCCUCAUCGACUAGCCAUCAAGAAUCUACCUCAAGCUGAAGGCAACUUCAUCCGUAGCCUCAAAAUGAACGCUCUCAAUUUCCCAGAUCCCUCCUACUCUAGCAUGCUCCAAGACCUGGGCCAGGAGCAAUCUUUCAAAGUGGAGCACGUCCCCAUCGAGGAGCAGACCAAGGCCGGCCACUACCAGUGCUUCGUUAGGCUCCACACCGCACCCGUCACCGUCUGCUUCGCCAACGGCCUCUCCCGCAACGACGCCAUGGAAACGGCAUCCCACAAUGCACUGCAGUACUUGAAGGUCAUGGCGACGAAAGUGCCUGCGCCGGCCAAGGCGAGUGCCGAAUCAAAUGGACAGAUGCGCAUUAAAGCCGAACCCCGCUGAUAGAGGCUAUAUUAAUAUUUUGUUGCCCGGCCAAUGGAAGGGUGGAAGGAUGCGCAUGUGCGGCGAUUUUCAAUUCCAGCACACUGGCAUGAAAGCAAUUGCUCGGUUGCGCACUACGCAAAAUGCGAAACGUACUUUGCAUGAGUGAGUUAGAAUCCUCCUGUCUGAACUGGGAAUUGACGUACAUGUAUGCAUCCUAAGGCCCUCAAAGUCAGGCAACAAUUUAUUUUGUUCCCUAACUCAAUUGUUUCCACCUAUAGUGUAUUUAAAGAGUCUACAUUGCAUAGGUCACUUCAUGGAACUUUACAUAGGUUACAAAUACAAAAAUUAGCUAUUUAUGCUAAUUCUGCUUUUGAAAAUGUUGGUAUUUUGACAAGUAAUUGACAAUUUCAGUGAUAUAUUGUUAUUUUAAUUAUAUAUUAGACUAGGGAUUUCCCUAAAAGUGUAUAUUUCAAACAAUUGAAUUUCGAUUUAAUGUGAUGGGAAAAUUUGCAGUGUUCAGUAACCCACAGUGUAAGUUAUUAGAGUUCCAUGAAAUGGCAUUAGUAUCUCUCUCUCUCUCUCUUACAGUAAUGGGUUUACCAAAUGGUAUUCUUAAUUUUUUUUUUUUAUUUUGAUAGACCACCAGAUAUGUGCUUUCCAAAGCCUGCCUCAAACUAUGCAAUCUGCUUUGAGGGAAGUACUACCAAGUUACAAUAUGCAACAGCGAGUGGGUAGGCUACGUCCUGAUUGAGUUGUAUCACUGCAUAUGAUUUUUUUGCAAGAUUAUGCUCAUGAUCCAGGAUGAAAAGCAAAAUUAAUUUCAAAUCUUAGACGAUUGCAUGACUGCACCACAGACUUCACUUCGGUUCGGACUAGUAAGGACUUGUUUCAUUCAAGAAUGAUUAUGAUGACAUGAUGCCUAGUUUUAUUUUUUAUUAUUCUCUUUGUAUUACUAUUUAGAACAUCAGCAAACAAAUUUUGUUGACCUUCGUGGCCCGUAUUCUAAAGUACAGUUAAACUUAGGCCAAGGUCUAAGUCUGUGCAAAGAUUAUGU